AUGGUGCAAACCCGCUGGAACGGCUGCAAACCUUUCCUGGACGCCAACGGCGCCUUGACGAGUUCCGUCUCCGCGAGCCUGAGCUCGGGGGAGGUGGAGCAACGGCAGGCGGCACCCAGAGGUGGGCAGAGGCUGAAUCUGGAGAAGGAGAUUGGUAGUUUCAACGUUCUGGAGCUCAGCAGGGAAGAGAACGUGAGCUUAGACUUCGUCAAGGGCAUUCAGACCGCCAAGCUCCCCAUCAGCGUCACCUUGGAUGGUACCCAGCAGGUGGUCAGCGAGGUGAAGGGGGCCAGAAUCUGCUUGGGCCCUCUGUUGCUGGCGGGAAGCCCAGCCUUGAGCCCCGAGACCUAUCGACCCGGUGAACCUGCCAGGUCCAAACGCUUGCGCCCCACCCACAGCGUGUCGGCCACCUUCACAGAAUCGGUGGGCGUCCGGAAGCCCCAACUGGGCGCGCAUGGCAUGUCCAUGUCCUGUGUGAACACAGGAUCUCAAGUAACAUGGCCGGUGACAGCCAUGACAACGGCCAAGAUCGCUGGUCUCUACAGCUUGGAGGUCUUUGUGGGAAGCUCAGCCAUUCUGCGCUUGAUGCCCGCGUGCUUCCGAGUAGAAAUGGUGCGAGGCCUUCCGAAUGAGUUGGAGGCUGAGAGGGAACGUCAGAAGUCCCUGCCAGACACCGCAAAGGAAGCGAUGUCGGUUGUGGAAGUCUUCGUGGAGGUCUACCCGAAGCUCAGCAGCUGCUCGGAGGCCUUGCGUCGGCAACUCAGGUUGCUGGGCUUCGCUCCACCACACGCCCUGCGCGAAUGGCUACAGCAUGAGGGGCUGGUCGUGGAGGUUUCUGACCAGCAGCUGGAUGACCCUGUAGUGGUUUUGUUUGAUGUCACUUCAGCAUGGCAGGUGCACGAUCGCGACCCCAAGGACAAGGUUGUGCCAGGUGGUGAAACCAUUGAGCGCAAGCCAAUUCAUCACCAUGGUUGGGGUCUCAAACCUGAGGGUUUGGAAGUUGGGGAGUGUGGCUCGCUUUCCCUUGGGGCCUCUACUGGAGUUGGAAGCUCUGAGUUUUCCUGGGAUGACUUGGGAAGGUUGGAGUUAGCGUUGCGCUCCGACGUGUGUCCCUUCCGUGGAGACAAGAAGAAGCGACGGGCCGAAGCUUUGAGUGCAGACCUCAGGUGGUCGUACUUUGCAAAGGGCCCAGGUGAUGAGAACCUCCCAGAAGAUCCCAGAAGUAUAGAUAGCUUGCAUGCCUCUGGACUUCUGGAUGAAGAAGGACGCCAGAAGAUGGCACGGCGAGAAGGCCUUGACAAGCGAGAGGAUACCACCGACUAUCACUCUCUGGGCACUGUUUGUGACUCAGUGUGCACACUUCGAGCUGCUCUGGCAGUUCCAGUGCCCAAGUCUACCGGAAUUGAUGCAUUCCUUCGCCUCUUGAGUAGAACAGGUGUUCACAGCCAAGAACCUGCGUUCUCAGCCAUCGGUGGGAUUCUCAUUGGGUACAUUUGGAAGGACCAUGGACCAUGGUGCUGUGCUGGAAAGGGCUCUCCCUCGGCCUCACCGACGAAGUGGGCGCCGAAAGCGGAGCCGUGCCGCGCGAAGGUGGGUGACGCCCGGGGCCCUGGCAGCGACGGUGGUGGGCCUUUGGCGAUGUACACAAGGGCAGAAGAUGACAAGUUGCGCAAUCAACAAGAGGCUGCUGAGGACAUUGCAUGUUGUAAGGGCAGUGGGUCAUGGGUCCUGUUGAAGGGGAGAGGUAUUGAGUUUCAGUUUGCACGUGAAACUUCAAGUCUGGGCUGUGCCGACCCUGAAGCCUGGAGGACGAUUCGCGACCCAAGGCGUGUUUUUGUGCACCGUUUGGUCGCAGCAGCUUUCCUUGGAGACCCACCCAGCCCUGAGCGCACACACAUCAAUCACAAGGAUGGGGAUAAGCGAAACAACAAUGUUGACAAUCUCGAGUAUGUGACGCCUGCAGAGAACAAAGCUCACUACCACGCUAAUGCAAUUUGCCAGCGUGGCGGGUCCGAUGUUAAGGCAGUUGAGAGCAGAGUCAGUGGCGGCGGCCGUGGCCGGUGGAUCUGGCAUCGUUCUAUCAAAAAGGCGGCAGAAACGUUAGGCGUCGAUUCUAGCAACAUUUGCAAGAGCAUCACCGGAUGCCUUAGACAGACAGGCGGCUACGAGUUUAGAUUGUCAGCCACCAAUGCCGCAGAAGAUCUUCCAGGUGAAGAGUGGCGGGAUGUCAACCUCACCCUGUUCCAAGCCACCCACCACACCACAGAGACGCUUUGCAUCCAGGACGAAGAAAAGUUGUUGGCGUCCGAGGACCUGGAGCACACGCAGGCUCUUGGGAUGGAUGUGGGGCCCUUGGUGGAAGCUGCCAUGGUUGGAGGCGGAGUGAAGUAG